AUGACUAGAGUACGUCGCUCCGACGAUAGCGUCGGCCCAAACCGCCAGAUAGCGCCAACAAAACGACCAAAACAACCAAAAACGAUAGCGCACGGAAGAAUUUGCAAGCCUUAUGAAGGAGCUUGCGACAGUGCAGGAGCUGGAGUGGAUCAAUCACGACGCACCGAUCCACCCAGUCCAACGCUAUUAUCUCAUACAGUCGUGGUCAAGAAAAAGGAAUGCAUAGAUUCCAACGUCAACGUCGAUCCACGUCAACGCAAGGCCAAGCUCCAGAAGAUGUCAGCAGCACAGCAUGAUCUCCGGCGCGUGCGUGUCCUCCUUGGCUCGGGACGGCACGAGCGCGUCGACACGACGCCACUCAGUACCAGAUAA